CACAGCAGCAAUCACAACCCCUCACACUGGGAGGAACCUGGGCUAUCAGGAGGUGUGCCUGCUGCUGCCCAGUCCGUCAUCUCCUCAGGUACCCGGCUGGAGGAGGAGUCGCAGACUUGUUAGUAAACACGGACCCGUGGGGAAGAAGCCAGUCUGUGGGAGAAGAGUCAGCGCUGCGCUUGGCCCAGGCUUUCCUAAAAGACUGCAGGUAAAGAGAAGCAUUGGCUGUAUCCUGAAGGCAAAAUGCAGAAGAUAUGAUAGCUGUGUCCUGUUCAUCAGCAGAUCUCUGUCAAAAAGAGAAUGCCAACAGCAAUUCCCUUCCCAGCAGAAGCAAUGGAAGCUUGGACCAUUCGAUGACCCCAGAGGCGCUGACACUAGGAAAAUUUUUUGGCUCCUCCCUUGCAGGAUGUACCCGCCCACUGGAAGUGAGGUAAAGAGAGGUCGAAGACAGUCUGAAAAUCUCUCCCGCAGAAAUUCCUCUAGGCGUAGCAGGGAUAGCCGCUUAUCAAAUGGGGAGGUUACUGAAGCUGUGACGUUGUUUGAGGUUAUCAGCAUUGGAAAAAGAGCAAUACAGUCUGUUGUAGAUGACUGGAUUGAAGCCUAUCAAGAGGACAGGGAUGCAGCUCUGCUUGACCUUAUUAAUUUCUAUAUUCAGUGUUCAGGAUGUCAAGGGGUGGUAACGGCAGAGCUGUUUCAGAAUGUGAAAAACAGAAAUAUAAUGCAGAAGCUGACAGAAGAAUUUGAUGAGGAAACUGGCCUGCAGUUUAAGAAAUUUAUGGCUUAUCCUUGGAUUCUCACCAUCACCUGGCCAGUCAAUUUGGACUCGGAAGAUUAUCCUCUGGUCAGGCCAGGAAUUUAUUGGAAAAAAUUUAGGUCAAACUUCUGUGAAUUUUCAGCUGUGCUGGUUCAGCACUGUCAGUACAAUGUCAUAUAUGAUGGGUAUCUGCUAAAUACCAUUAUUUCCUUGCUUCUGGGGCUCUCAGACUCCUGUGUUAGAGCUUUUCGACACACCAGUACAUUGUCUGCUGUUAAAUUGUUGACUGCACUUAUAAGAGUUAUCCUAAACCUGGAUAUCAAUAUAGACAACUCAGACAGAUUGUAUGAGGUAGAGAAAAAACGAGGUGAUCUUAAAAGGAUAAACCCAAGGCUUGAGCAGGUCGACAAAAAGAGAAAAAAGUUACAACAAAGACGUUGUGAAAUAGAAGAUAUGAUGGAUGCACUGUUUAAAGGAACUUUUUUGCAACGGUAUCGAGAUGUUGUUUCUGAGAUAAGAGCAUUAUGUAUAGAAGAAAUUGGUGUGUGGAUGAAAAUGUACCCGCAUAUGUACUUGAAUGACAGUUACUUAAAGUAUGUUGGUUGGAUGCUUCAUGAUAAGGUCCCAGAGGUACGUCUAAGAAGUCUAAUUGCUCUGCAGGGUCUUUAUGAGAAAAAGGAUUUGGUUUCCAGUAUGGAUCUCUUUUCAACGAGAUUUAAGGAUCGCAUUAUAUCAAUGACCUUGGAUAAGGAUCAUGAAGUCUCUGUUCAAGCAAUGAGGCUCCUUGUUUAUAUGUUAAGGAAUUGUGAAGAUUUGUUUACCACUGAGGAGUGUGAAACCUUGUACCAGUUUGUAUAUGCCUCUCACAGGCCGCUUGCUGCAGCAGCUGGAGAAUUUUUAUACAUAAGACAUUUGGGCACAGCAACAGAACGAAUAAACGCACAGAAAACAGAAAAUCCAGAGCACAAAAAAGGACAGUUGAAAAAGCUGUUAGAUUUCUUCUUAGAAAGCAAGUUACAUGACCAUGUGACGUACCUUGUUGACAGCCUCUGGGAUUGUACACCUGGAUUUUUAAAAGACUGGCAGUGUAUGACAUCCAUCCUUUUGGAAGAUGCCGCGGAAAAUAGAGUUGGUUUGAGCACAGUUCAGGAAAACCUGCUGGUAGAACUCAUGUUGGCAUCUGUCAGACAAGCAGUUGAAGGCCAUCCUCCUGUGGGGAGAGGAGCAGCCAAGAAGGUUCUCUCAGCCAAAGAGAAGAAGAUGCAACUGGAAGACAGAGAAAGAAUUACUGAACACUUUGCCGAAACCCUUCCCUUGAUGUUGGCAAAGUGUUCAACGAGUCCUGAUAAAGUCAUAAACCUUCUGCAAAUCCCUCAGUAUUUUGAUGUAAAUGUAUAUUUUGAAGCCCGAAUGGAAAAAUACUUAGAGGCCUUGUUGAAGCAGAUGAAAAGCAUCACUAUGAGUCAUUCAGACCCAGAGGUUCUUGAAGCCUGUUCAAAAGCAUACAGCAGCCUCAGUAAUGAAAACCAGACCAUCCAGAACUGUCAGGUCAGUCAUUCCAAAAAAGAAUUGAUCAAGCAUCUCGUGGACUCCUACAGUCAUAUGCUGGAUGACGUUCUCCACAAGGGAGAUAAGCCUUUGACUGCAGAAGAUCUGCAUGCAAUGUCCUGCAUGCUAAGGAGACUUGCAGCUUUUCACAAUGCUCACAACCUCAGUCAGUGGGAUCUGUAUCAGAAGACCUCUGAACUUCUUACGUUUGAUAUGCAACGACAAAGCUUGCCAGCUGAGCUUGUGCUGCCUGCUUUCAAGUGCAUGUAUUAUGGCAUACUUUGGCAGCUGUUGCCUGUUUUAGAAGAUCCACAUACACAGAAUGAGCUUGACUUCUAUGUAACUCCGGUCAAAAACUUUUGUCAGCUGUGCAGGAAGUACUUGAGUCAUAAAAACCAGUCUGUAAGAGAGCAGGCAUUCCUUUCCCUAUGUGACUUACUUAUGUUACUACAUAAUAGAGGAGGCAGGAUGCUUUGCUGUGUUGAUUCAGUACUGGAGUCAGAGCUGCUCUUCUUUGUCCGUCAGCAUGUUUUCCAGAGCGAGGAAGAGAAAGGCAAAGAUGCAGUUGUGUCCGAGACCAAUGAGGACAUGACCCUGGUUAUUUUACAUAGGAAGAGAAUGUUGCUGGCAGUUUAUUGCAAGCUGAUAGCUUCCAGUGUAGUUGAAAUGUCUGCAGUAGCAGAGAUUUAUAAGCAGUAUAUGAAGACAUACAAUGAUUUUGGUGAUAUAAUUAAAGAAACGUUAAGUCGAACAAGACAGAACAACAGGAUAGAGAGUGCAAAAACACUGGUCCUUUGCCUGAAACAGCUGUUUCUGGAGCAUAGAGAAGCACAUGACAGUACCACCCAGUCCUCUCCGUCAUUCACUAACAUAAAGGAGCUGGCUCGCCGCUUUUCUCUAACGUUUGGCAUGGACCAUGUGAAAUGCAGGGAAUCUAUAGCUAUGAUGCACAAGCAAGGCAUUGAAUUUGCUUUCAAGGAGCCAGUAACAGAAGACACUCUUCCUCCACCAAAUCUGCCAUUUCUCAUGUUGAUCAGUGAGUUCUCCAGCAAACUCCUUAGAGCUGACAAGAGGCUGGUGUAUGGAUAUCUACAGAGAUUCGCCAAUGAGCAGAUGCUGCUUUGUAAAGGAGCAGGAUGGCACCCUCUUAUUAUAUACAGUAAUUCUUUGUUAGAUAAUCAUGAUGAAGAAAGUUCUUCAUGCGGGAGCUACUUUUCUCGAGACCAUGGGAUUGUUGGCACUUCUCAUCAUUUGAAGAGGAAAUCAAUGUAUGAUCACGUUCCAGGAAAAUGUCUUGAUGAUCAGGAUUCCCAUUAUCCUACUAAAAGCAAGAAACAAAGUGCACUUCACCUUCUACCCUCAGAAGGCACUGCAUCAUUAAACAGUGGUCAAAUUUCAGCCAAAGUAAAACAUCAAAAUACACCUGUGGAUGAAAACAAUGAAGAUGUUGAUGUUGAUGAAAUAGAAACAGACCAGGUUUCCUAAAUAGAAGUACCAAGAACAGUAUGAAGAGACACAUCCCAACUCAAGAAUGGAUGUCUCCACUUCUGCAAUUGACAUCAGAUUGUCGCAUACAAAGAUUUGGCCAGGGUGCUCACGUCUGGGACUGAAAGUAUACUUUCAGAGAAUGCAUAAUAAUUGAGGAAUUGAAAAUCUGGCACAGAAAAUACAGUUUAGGUAAGAGGGUGAUUUACUAAAAGAAGUGGAGAAGUUUCACUGUAUUUUAAAAUUCUAUUUUAGUAUUGACUGUCACCCAGUGUGUGCUAUAGUUUUCCCCUAUUUGCAGAUGGCUGUAAAAUGCCAGACACUAACAUGAGGCCAUAUUAUAUCUGUAUAAAUGGGUCUUUAGGCUAGGGAAACACUGACUUUGCUGUAUUAAUAAAGCUCUCAAAUAUUGAAGAAAACAAUGUGCGCCACAGUGUUUCUACAGCUUCUGAUAACACCAAAAUUGGAAUGGGACUAAGGGUAUGCUAGAGGUACUUGUCAGCAUCCCGUCACAAAAGGUAGUAGACCACAUUCAUUUUGAUGGGCCGAGUGUGAAGUAUUUUCGUGGUUCCACUUGCAGAUAGUAGAAAGAUAAAUAUUACUUUUUAUUUCUAAAUUGAAUAUUUCUACAUAUUCAUCAAUAAGAGAUUUAUUUUGUACCAAGUUCUUUUUCUCUGAAUUAUUUUUUCUAAUAAACAAUGUAAUUCCAUGUAAUUAGUGUCACGGUCACUGAGCAUUAUGAUAUUUUAACUUAAAUAUUUUGUUUAAAAAUUAGCAGUGUUAACAUUUUUCUUUUCAGGAUCUGUACUUUAAAAUGUAUCCUCGGAGUAAGAGAUCUCAGCAUAGUGAGAUGUGAGUUUUUACUCUUGGGGCGUCUAGUGAGAAGCAAAUAAUAAAGAAUACAAAAUGGGAGCUGAGAACAGAGACAGGAGACUGAGUUACGUAAUGUUAAUAGAGCGCUACUCUGGAUACUAAAUAAGUAAUAACUGAUUAAAGGGUACCUCUGAUCAAAAAAAC